GUCUCACACAAUACUCCCCUCUCUCUCUCUUUCAGAACUCUUAAAGAACUUUUUUCUCUACAAAAAGAAAAAAAUGGGGGCAAAAGUAAUGACAUCGAUGGUGCUUAUGGUGGUAGCUGCGCUGAUGGCGACCACAGUAAACGCGAAAAUCCCGGGAGUUUACACCGGAGGUCCCUGGAUCAACGCACACGCCACCUUCUACGGUGAAGCUGACGCUUCCGGCACUAUGGGUGGUGCCUGCGGGUACGGGAAUUUGUACAGCCAAGGUUACGGUGUGAACACGGCGGCUUUAAGUACGGCCUUAUUCAACAAUGGUUUGAGCUGUGGGGCUUGCUUUGAGCUCAAAUGUGUCAAUGAUCCAGGCUGGUGUCUUCCAGGAAACCCAUCGAUUCUUAUUACCGCUACUAAUUUCUGUCCACCUAACUUUGCUCAAGCUAGCGACAAUGGUGGUUGGUGUAACCCUCCUCGUGAGCACUUUGAUCUCGCCAUGCCUAUGUUUCUAUCCAUUGCUAAGUAUAAGGCCGGUAUUGUCCCAGUUUCUUACCGCAGGAUCCCAUGUAGAAAGAAGGGAGGUAUGAGAUUCACAAUCAAUGGAUCAAAGUACUUCAACUUGGUGCUGGUCACUAACGUAGCUGGAGCCGGAAACGUCCAGAUGGUGAGUGUUAAAGGAAGCAACACAGGUUGGUUAGGUCUUAGCCGGAACUGGGGACAAAACUGGCAAUCCAACGCAAUUCUUGCCGGCCAGUCUCUUUCCUUCCGAGUCAAAACCUCCGAUGGCCGAAGCUCCACUUCCAACAACAUCGUUCCGAGCAACUGGCAGUUUGGUCAGACUUUCUCCGGCAAGAAUUUCCGCGUCUGAUUUGUAGAAAAUAAAAAUAAAUCUACGGAACACAUAUUGAAGAUUUUUCUAAUAUAUAGUGUCAUUAAUUCUCUUAAGUUAAGUUCCGGUUUGUAAUUGGAGUUUUACCAUUAUUCCCGUAUUUUCUCUGUGAAAGUAUUGGGGUUGCUUGGUGUGGAAGUUAGGUUUUUGUUACAAAACAGUUAGCCUUUUAGUGUGAUGUGUCCUGUUUGGUUAUGUAGAGAGGCUGAAGCAGCUUCAAAAAGAAAUGGUUGAGAUAAAGUUAAAUGCUGCCCGCAGCUCUCCUUUACGCUAUGAUUGUAUUAACUAUAUAUAUGAUAUAAAAACUUGGAUUUAUAUAAAUAAA